UCUGGUUUAUUUGUCUGUAGAUGACUUGAAUGAAUUUCCAUUUGAAAUGUUUGCUUUAGUUAAAAAUUGUGAACCUAAAGUUUAUCAUCAUUUAGUAUUACAAUUGCGUCUUGUUUUUUUUUAAUAAAGAGAACAAAAAAACCAUAAUGUCCACUUCCAGUGCAGCUGCUAAUCGGGCCCUGUAUAUAGGUCUUGGUUUGGGUGCUACGAUGUUAACUGGUGCUUUAUCGUAUGUCUAUUACAAAUACUUAAAACGUGAUGUUAUGCCUUUAAAAUGGCGUCGUGUUGGUACAUUGGAACAAAUUAAUUUAUUUCCCAUAAAAUCAUGUGCCCCCCUGGAAGUGUCAGCUGAGGAAGAGUUAUUAUGUGAAGUUUUGGGUCUACGUUACAAAGGCAUUAGAGAUCGUGCUUUAAUGUUAGUCAAUGAUAAAUAUGAAAUGAUUACAGCUCGUGUUUAUCCCAAAUUGGUAUUGGUUUUCUCUAAGUUAGUGAGUGAAACGAAAUUGAUAUUAAGCGCAGAGGGUAUGGAACCUUUGGAAUUAGAUUUUGCUACUUUGGCCGAUGAGGCACCCGGCAAAGAUAUACACACUUCGGUGUGGGGUACAAAAUUAGAUGCCAUGUUGUGUGGUGAAAAAUAUGACAAAUGGUUUUCACGUUAUAUUUUGGGUAAAGAGUCGGGAUUGCAUUUGGUUUAUUAUCCAUAUCCGAAACCAGUAAGAUCGGUGAAUUCUCGUCUGACCAAAGAACCUUUUAUAACUAAAGAGGAUUCGGGCACCUUUGGCGAUGCUACCAGUUAUAUGCUAAUGAAUUUAGCUUCUGUGGAAGAUUUAAAUACACGCUUACCAAAUUCAGUGGAUCCUUUACAAUUUCGUGGUAAUUUCCAUUUGAAAAUGGAUAACAAUAAAGCCUAUGCAGAAGAUAAAUGGCAAUGGGUGCGUAUAGGAGAUGAAGCUGUAUUUCGUAAAGUAGCACCCUGUACACGUUGCAUAUUCCCCAAUAUCAAUGUUAAGACAGGCGAAAGAGAUCCCAAUGGCAAUCCCCUAAAAGAGCUGAAAAGCUAUCGUUUAAUAAACGAUAAUGUCAGUCCCACUUUGGGUAUACACUUGGGUUUGCGACAAGCUGGUACUAUCAAGGCAAAUGAUGUCAUUUACGUAGAAGAUGUUGAAUGAAUAAAAUAUUUGAUAUAUAUAUUUUUUUAAAUAUUAUUGUUAAAUUGAAAUUAAAUUAUUGUAAUUCUGCUAUA